AUGCGUGCAUCAGCGACUUGCCUGGCCGCUGCCCUUAUCGGCGGCAGCCUAGCUCCUGGAAGUGAAGGCCUCGUGUUUCGCGCACAGGCCCGCGCCAGAGGCGGCGCCACCGCCGGGAGACAGCGGGGUUCCUUCUGCAGUGGGGUUGAGUGCCCCACUGUGGGUAAGAGCGUGGGUGCUCUUGGCAGGGGGGGGCAGAUGUUGAUGUCAGCAGCAGCUGCUGGAGAGCAGGAGGCGGCCGCAGCAGGGAAGCUGCCGUGGCUAGACAGCACCAUGCCCCGGGAGCUGCCGGACGAGAUAUCGGCAGAGAACCCUUUGAGAGUCGUGAUCGCGGGGGGGGGAGUGGGGGGUCUUCUGACGGCCAAGUACUUGAAGAUGCAGGGUUACGAUGUUAAGGUGAUCGAAAAGACGAACGCCUUCCGGAGAUUCGGAGGCCCCAUCCAGCUCGCGUCCAACGCCCUGUCCACGAUCAAGGCCAUCGACUCGACGUUCUUCAACAAAAUAAUGGAGUACUUCACCUUCACCGGGAUCCGCACGAACGGCAUCAAGGACGGCAUCCGGACGGAGUGGUACUGCAAGUUCGACGCCAUCACUCAGAUGGCCGACAUGUACUCCUUGCCGUACACGGGAGUUAUCGACAGGCCGGAUCUGCAGGCUGUCCUGAUGGAGGACAUCGGGGAAGGGGUUGUGUUCAACAGCCAGACGGUCGUCGGCUUCGAAAACACUGACGGGGGGGUAACGGUGAAGCUGAAGGACGGGGGGGAGGUGCACGCCGACGUGCUUGUGGGAGCGGACGGCAUCUGGUCCCAGGUCCGCGCACAGAUGUGGAACGAGGACGUGAGGGGAGAGAACGGAGGCGCGACGUACUCGGGAUACACGGUGUUCGCCGGGGAGACGAUUUACGCGCCGAAGGACUACUGGGACGUCGGGUACAAGGUUUACAUCGGCCCCGGGCAGUACUUCGUGACCUCGGACAUCGGACGCGGUCGAAUGCAGUGGUACGCCUUCUUGGCCCUCCCCCCGGGCUCCAAGAGCCGUGAGGACAACAUCAAGUACCUCAAGGAUCAUUUCGUUGGGUGGAGCCCGGAGAUCCACGAGGCGCUCGACUGCACCAGCAACAACGACGUCGAGCAGAGAGACUUGUACGACAGGCCCCCUUCGCUCACCAAGAGCUGGGCGCAAGGGAACGCUGUCUUGAUCGGCGAUGCCUGCCACCCCAUGAUGCCCAACCUUGGGCAGGGCGGCUGCCAGGCCAUGGAGGACGGCUACAUUCUCACGAACAUGCUCAAGGACGUGACCCACCGUUCUCAGAUCCCGGAGACGCUUGAGUCGUUCUACCGAUCCCGGAUUAUCCGGACGUCGGUGGUACAGGGGCUAAGCCGCAUCGCCAGCGACCUCAUCGUCAAGAACUUCGACACCCCCAUGAAGGUGACCUUGUCACCGUUCAACAUGGACGCGCCGGGGGGAAUCAACUCGUUCAUGACCAGCGUGAUGAAGCCGGUCCUGCCCUUGAUCUUCUUCGCGCAGUUCAUGUACCUCUACAGCUUCCACCCGGUGUCGCUGAAGGAAGGGGAGUGCGCGGAACUGACCAACAAGGAGAGGGCUCGGGCGAGGAUCCAAGUGGAGGAAUGCUGGGAGGCUGCCAAAAAGGACGGGACCUUCGCACGCGGCUACGAGCGCGCCCAGAAACAGUUCUCCUAGGCUGCUGCUGCUGCUGCUGCUGUGGUUGGUAGGGCGUGCGUGCGUGUGCGCGAGGCACCUCUGCUUCUUCCUCCUUCUCUCUUACCUAUUGUGCGGUCCUGUCCUUUCUUGCCCCCCCCGACGUUUUUGAAUCGACGGCCGUUCUUCCGGCUGCAUAUUGGCGUCUGUGAUUAUUGUUGGUAGACGGGUGGUUGGUUGGUUGAUGGCUGACUGGGGCGACCGCCGAUGUUUUUUUUAAAGCAGUUUUGUAGGCGAUUUUUGAUCGAGAGAGUACAGCGGCGUUCCUUGGUCGAGAGCUGAGAGUGAACGCACGGUUGGCUGGACCUGGACCUACAUAUAAACGACAGUUGCUUUAUCUUGUUAAUUGGAGGCCCGUUGUCAUGACUGCCUAAGAUUGUGCGUGUGGGGGUGAUUAUUGGCUCAUCUGCCGCGCUAUCUGGCGGCUUGUCGCACCGUGUGUUGCGGAUCAUUCCAUCUGCUUCCGCGGGUUUUUCGGCCGGUAUUGCGGGUCGUUCCGCCCGGUCUUUGUUUUUGGUGGUGGAAAAAAAAGAAGACAGUACCUGAAGGUGGGGGAACACAGUUCCUCAGCACCGCGUUUAGGCGAGACAACAUCCCGCACACCAAGUUUGG